AUGUUUGAAACAGAAUAUAUCACUCCUUGGGUCCAGAUGAUGGCGAGGAUGGAGCACACUCUGAAGGCUGCUAAGCAAUAUCCCGUGUUGGAACCGUUCGCUCCGCGGCAUUCAAUGUCGUAUUUUAACAAUAAUAAAGAAGACAGCACGAAAUCGGCGUACGAACGUCUUCACAGUACGGAGGAUUUCGACCCCGGCAAGCCACGGUGCGAUCGCACGAAAGCAAGCCUUUAUUGGUCAGAGAUCUCGAAGGAGAACAAAGGUCACAACGUCCCAAUGACUUCUAAUCACUGGUACGGUCGGCCGAACAGGAUCCAAGUCGACGUUCCUGAGAAGAAAUUCAAUCGGUCGAGCAAAAUGCAGGCGUUCUACAGCCGGUGCGGUAUCGACCUAAUCAGCGACAGGGAUGAACGGCGAACCAAAGUCUGUUAG